GCGCCCGCCGGCCUCGCUCGCUCCGGUAACGGUCGGUGCGGGUUCAAAUGAGCCGCGGCCGGGCCGGGCCCCGCCGGGACUCGCUCUGAGCUGGGCCGGCACCGGGGCCGCGACCGGGACCGCCCCCGCUCGGGCUCGGCGACCAGGAGGCGGAGGCCGGGGAGAGCAGGAUGACGGUGCUGCAGGAACCCGUCCAGGCUGCUAUCUGGCAAGCACUUAACCACUACGCGUACCGCGAUGCCGUGUUCCUGGCAGAGAGGUUGUAUGCAGAAGUACACUCAGAAGAAGCACUGUUUUUACUGGCCACGUGUUACUACCGCUCAGGAAAGGCCUAUAAAGCUUACAGGCUCCUAAAGGGACACAGCUGUACCACCCCCCAGUGCAAAUACCUGCUUGCAAAAUGUUGUGUGGACCUCAGCAAGCUUGCAGAAGGAGAGCAGAUCUUGUCUGGUGGAGUGUUGAAUAAACAGAAAAGCCAUGAUGACAUUGUUAUGGAGUUUGGUGACUCUGCAUGCUUUACACUCUCCUUACUGGGACAUGUCUACUGCAAGACAGACCGGCUUGCCAAAGGAUCAGAAUGUUACCAAAAGAGCCUUAGUUUAAAUCCUUUCCUCUGGUCCCCUUUUGAAUCACUAUGUGAAAUAGGUGAAAAGCCAGACCCUGACCAAACAUUUAAAUUAACAUCUUUACAGAACUUCAGCAGCUGUCUGCCCAACACUUGCACAACGUUGGUGUCUAAUCACAACAUAUCCCACAGGCAGCCCGAGAGUGUCCUCAUGGAAACUCCCCAGGACACAAUUGAGUUGAACAGAAUCAACUUAGAAUCCUCCAAUUCAAAAUAUUCCUCCUUGAACUCGGAUUCUCCCGUGUCUUACAUUGACUCAGCUGUGAUUUCGUCAGAUUCUGUCCCUCUGGGCUCAGGAACUGCCAUAUUGUCUAAACAGGCUCAAAAUAAACCAAAAACUGGACGGAGUUUACUGGGGGGACCUGCAGCUUUGAGCCCACUAACUCCAAGCUUUGGAAUUUUGCCACUAGAAACCCCAAGCCCUGGAGAUGGAACCUAUUUACAGAACUACACCAACUCCUCCUCUGUAAUCGAUGUGCCAUCCACCGGAGCACCUUCAAAGAAGACUGUCAGCAGGAUAAGCCAGGCUGGGACAAAAUCUGUCUUCUCCCAGAGUGGGAACAGUCGGGAAGUCACUCCAGUCCUUGUUGCACAAACACAGAGCUCUGGUCCACAGACAAGUACAACACCUCAGGUAUUGAGCCCCACAAUUGCUGCUCCACCAAACUCACUGCCUCGAAGAAGCUCUCGCCUGUUUACUAGUGAUAGUUCUACAACAAAGGAAAAUAGCAAAAAAUUAAAAAUGAAGUUUCCACCUAAGAUUCCAAACAGAAAAACAAAAAGUAAAACAAACAAGGGAGGAAUAACUCAACCAAACUUAAAUGACAGUUUGGAAAUCACCAAACUGGACUCUUCCAUCAUUUCAGAAGGGAAAAUUUCCACUGUUGCACCACAAAUCCAAGCUUUUACGCUCCAGAAGGCAGCAGCAGGUUUGAUGAGCCUUCUCCGGGACAUGGGGAAGGGUUAUUUGGCCUUGUGUUCCUACAACUGCAAGGAAGCGAUAAAUAUCCUGAGCCACCUGCCCUCCCACCACUACUACACGGGCUGGGUGCUGUGCCAAAUUGGGAGAGCCUACUUUGAGCUGGCAGAGUACAUGCAGGCUGAAAGAAUAUUUUCAGAAGUCAGGAGGAUUGAAAACUACAGAGUAGAAGGCAUGGAGAUCUAUUCAACCACGCUCUGGCAUCUGCAGAAAGAUGUUGCCCUUUCAGUUCUUUCCAAGGAUUUGACGGACAUGGAUAAAAACUCACCGGAGGCCUGGUGUGCUGCAGGAAACUGUUUCAGCCUCCAAAGGGAGCAUGACAUUGCAAUCAAGUUCUUCCAGAGAGCCAUCCAGGUGGAUCCAAACUAUGCCUAUGCCUACACCCUGCUGGGACACGAGUUUGUGCUGACAGAGGAACUGGACAAAGCCCUGGCUUGUUUCAGAAAUGCAAUCAGAGUCAACCCCAGGCACUACAACGCGUGGUAUGGGCUGGGAAUGAUUUAUUACAAACAGGAGAAAUUCAGUUUAGCAGAAAUGCAUUUCCAGAAAGCACUUGAUAUCAACCCUCAGAGCUCAGUCCUGCUGUGUCACAUCGGAGUAGUCCAACAUGCACUGAAAAAAUCUGAGAAGGCUUUGGACACGUUGAACAAAGCCAUAAACAUCGACCCCAAGAACCCCCUAUGCAAAUUCCACAGAGCCUCGGUGUUGUUUGCAAACGAGAAGUACAAGUCAGCUUUACAAGAACUUGAAGAAUUGAAGCAGAUUGUUCCCAAAGAGUCUCUUGUUUACUUUUUAAUAGGAAAGGUUUAUAAAAAACUGGGUCAAACCCAUUUGGCCCUAAUGAACUUCUCGUGGGCCAUGGACUUGGAUCCCAAAGGAGCCAACAACCAGAUCAAAGAGGCCAUUGAUAAACGUUACCUUCCUGAUGAUGAGGAGCCAAUAACUCGAGAGGAGCAGAUCAGUGAAUGUUACCCCUAUGAAUCAGUCGGCACAGACGAGUCCCAGGAGAGCAGCAUGACGGACGCGGACGACACUCAGCUCCACGCGGUGGAAAGUGAUGAAUUUUAACCUCCAAGAGCCACUGUCUGAGCUUGAGUGUGUGUGACUGGUACUGUCGUGUCCUCCCCUUCCUUCCCAUCCUGGGUCUUCACCUCUCUGAGCCAGCACUGUCGUCGACCUCCACUGACACCACGAGUGCACCUCAGCCCCGACCUGUCCCGGGGUCGUGGCAGUGCAAUAUCCAGCUGCUACUGAGUCUCACUAGUUGGCUCUUACACAUUUAUCAAAGUGACUGAGGAAGAAAUGCUGGUUUUGGACUCCCCUUUGCUGGAAAAAAAUAUCAUGGAAGACAGACUUGUGGUUUGCUGUAUGGAAGGCAGUAGAUGUGGGGAUAGUACUAAUGACGAGGUGUCUUGUUCUUUUUCCAGAAAUGUGUCUUAGUUUGGGUCUUUCUUGGUAAGCAGAGUGCUGAACCUCAUUUCCAAGUUCUCCAAGGACAGUGGUGACAAACAGGACUUUUGCAUAUUGUAGUGUUUAACUUAAAUGCCAGGGAGUGUCCAUGACCUUAAAGCUGCAGUGUCUCCAGUGAGCAAACACAGGACUGGGAGCGUGUCCCACCACGGAAAACACCCCGUGGCCCUGCUUAGAGUGCAAACUGCAGGAGAAUCACAUGGCAGGAUCAAAGCUUUCAUGAAAUGCUUUCAUGUUCUAACCAUGAAUUAAUUUAUUCACCCGGUUUGGGAAAGGUCAGUGUUUACUUUGUACUUGAGUCAGCACCACCUCGCUUCGUUUUUCGUACACCCCUUGACUUGUUCUUCCCCUCUUGAGAAUAAAAACUAAUAAAGGGCAAAAUCAAGAGACAAAUGAGAUACAAGUGUAAUGUGACAACAUCAAACCCUUAAUCCUGAGAGACUGGGAAGACUGUGGAAGCCUUAAUACAAUCAGAACCUUGGUCCAACACCUCCAAUAACUGUCUCGGGUUAGUAUCUCAUUAGACCUGUGAUCACUUUUAAAACUCUUUUGUAAAGUGUGGUCCAAGCAGGAUGCAAAAAUGUGCAAUUAUCAGUCUUUUUCCUUAUUUUUUUUUUUAAGCUGUUCUUUCAGUUUCUCACUCCAGGAACACUUUCCUUUUCUCCAGGGGCUGUUUCUUUGAGGAGGAAGCUGCAAGUCCAAACUGCUCUCUGUAGCCUCCUGCAGCAGCAAUUGGUGCCCUUUGUGCAGUGAUGACAAAGAAAGUGUAUGAUAUAAGCAGUUUUAAAGAGCAAUUUAUGCCUAAUAAAUUGGGAAUGAUACAGA